GCGCUGCCCGGGUAGUAGGGAGAGGCAGGUGCUGUCAUGGAAGACGCUGCAACGCCCGGGACGACCCAGGGAGUCAUAGAAAACCAAGGAGUUCUGUCGGCGGCAGGUUUGGGAGGAGCCCUGGUGGAGCUCACCCCGACCCCCGGCGGCCUGGCCCUGGUGAGCCCCUACCACACCCACCGGGUCGGAGACCCCUUAGACCUCGUGGCGCUCGCAGAGCAGGUGCAGAAGGCUAAUGAAUUUGUCAGAGCAAAUGCCACCAACAAGCUGACAGUCAUAGCCGAGCAAAUCGAACAUUUGCAAGAACAAGCCAGGAAGGUAUUGGAGGAUGCUCGCAGAGAUGCUGACUUGCACCAUGUAGCUUGUAAUAUAGUGAAAAAACCUGGCAACAUUUACUACCUUUAUAAACGGGAGAGUGGUCAGCGGUAUUUUUCGAUUAUUUCUCCAAAGGAAUGGGGGACAGGUUGUCCACAUGACUUCCUUGGUGCCUACAAGCUACAGCACGACUUGUCCUGGACUCCGUAUGAAGACGCUGAGAAGCAGGAUGCUAAAAUCAGCAUCGUGAACAAGUUGCUAAGCCAGCCAGUGGCUCUGCCUCCAAGCACUGAACCCAGCUUCCAGGGCUUCACUUCCACUUCCAGAGUGGACUCUGACAGAGGCUGUCAUGACUAGGACCUGUCACCUCCUUCUUGCCCCAAUCUCUGCCUUGAUGGGAGGUGGCGUGAGAAUCGAGGGCAUGUAGGGGAAUCAUGAACUUCUUUGAAGGUGGUCCCGUGUGAAUGUAAAUGCUGUCGUUAUUACUUUUAGUUGGGAUGGUAAAGAAUCACAUCAGUCUCUUUUGGGAUCCUCUCCAGGUCACAGAUACUCAACUGGUCAGUUUCCGAGUACUGGCCAGUGUACUUUCCUUCUCCUUUCUCUCCAUCUGUUCUCCCAUAAGUCAGAGCAUUAGAGAAAGAAGGGUUUCUUCUUCCCUCGAAAAGAUUGGCAAGUCAUUUUCCAGAGGGGACUGUUGUUAGUCUCUUAGUAACUAGAAGUGUUUGAGAUUGGGGUUGUGGCUAUUUGACACUUGGUGCAACUCCAGCUUCAGAUUCGUCUGGAAACCAGAAUGUUGGGUCCUGGCAGAUGAUAAACGGCUUGGCUCGCGAGCGAGUGUGUGGUUCUGGCAUUUCUGCACGAUUGAUAAGGUUUGGCUUGUCCCAUUCUGCUCUUUCUGCUGCGCUAGGAUGACUGGAGAAUUCGAGGCAGCAACAAUGGCCAGGUUUCGGGACAGUCAGCCUCCAAACUCACAGAAUUUUAGACUUGGAAGAGAUUUUGGAGGCUACCACUUACAAUGUUAUGAAUCCACUCUCUAGUCCCACUGAGCAGGAGAUCCAGAGUUCCGCCAUCUGCAGCAGGAAGAAUCCAUUAAGUGGCAACUUUAGAAUAUCGUGGAAAAGAGAAUAGGACAGUGGGUGAGAAACAAGAAAAACAGCCAACCUGUUGAUUAUGAGUUAACUCAGAUUAAAAUUCAUUUUGACCUGAAUUAUUCAGGAACUUAACAGAAGCUUUUUGGCUGAGUUACUCUAUGCUGAUUCUGACUGAGCUCUUGUGGGACUCUACCUCACUUCCUGUUUGUUCAGUGGAAUUAGCUAAAUUGAUAGCAUAGCCAGCAUUGCUGUACUUCCUUCAGGGCCAUAUAAUCUGUGACAACAUGCUGUAAAAGGAGUGAGAGAUCUGUACUUGAAAUCAAAUUGCCCAAGUUCCUUUCUGGGGAUGAAUGUCCUUUGUGUUGAUCUGCUUGGUAAUGCCACAAUCUCAUCCUGGUGUUAAGGGCCUUUCCUUAUAAGCUUCGCUCCUUGUGAGCUGUAAAUGGUCCACAGAGGCCUAGCAGAGGUUGGGACUAGAGUCUGUCAAGGUCGCACAGAUGAUACUUGGUCACUCAGUUCACAGGAGGAUGCUCUGGAGGCAGCCGCGAAAGCCUCUGGCUGGGAGGCUGCGGGAAAUGGGACGCACACACACACUAGUGGUGUAGGAGUUGAUUCUUACUACAGAAAGUCUCCCAGAGUUUCAGAAGGUUUUGACUUGCAUGAUAAUGACGUUUUGAGUAGGUGCUUUGUUAUCCAUUGCUGCAGUAGUUACCACAAACAGUGGCUUGAAACAGCACACAUUUAUUAUUUCAGAGUUUCUACGGAUCAGGAGUUCAGGCACACUUAACUGGGUCCUCUGCUUCAGGGUUUCUUUUCUCACAAGCCUGCAGUCGAAUUACUGGCCAGGCCUAUGUCCUCAUCUGAAGGCUCAGCUGAAGAAGGAUCUGCUUCCAAGCUCACUUAAAUUGUUGGCAGAAUUUCAGUUCCUCAAGGGUUUGUAGGACUGUGGAGCUCUGUUUACUAAUGAACUGUUAGCCAGAGGCUGCCCUUAGUUCUUCGCUACAUGAGCCUUACCAACAUGGCAACUGUCUUCAUCAAAGCCAACAAGGAUGAGAGUCUGCUAGCAGGAUGGAAGUUAUGGCAGUGACAUCUCAUAUCUUGGCUGUGCUCUGUUAAUUAGAAACAAGUCACUAGGCCAGCCCACGCUCAUGGGAGGUAAUUACCUAAGGGUGUGAAUACCAGAAGGUGGAAAUCCUUGAACCUUAGAAUCUGUAUGCCGCAGUGCUCAGUUAGAGGGAGAAGGAAGGCUGUGGGUAGAAGAGGCAGUAUUAUAAAGUGGUUAGACUUGGUGGCUUUGAAGUCACAGAUCUGGACGCGACUCUCAGCUCUGACAAAAUAACCUCCCCCUAGUGUUCCUGCUUCCUCCUCUGGUCCCUUCUCCAGUCCAUUCUGUAUUCAGUCAUCAGCUUGAUCUUUUGAAAAUGCAAAUCCACCUCACCCUUGACAUUUAUCCUAACCACUGGAACAGAGAGCAGUGUGAUUCAGGAGCAAACUCUCUUCCGUUCAAUAAGGUGUGCUCCUGGCACUGACCACCAGGUGGCGUCACUGCAAUUUCCUGGUUGUCUUGAAAACGCAAACCGACCUCACUUUUUAAAAUUUUUUUACUUUGUUACAAAGGAUAUUGCAUUUUAAAUUUUUGUGAAUACUGCUACAGAUCCACCUCACCCUUGACAUUUCCUAACCACUGGAGCAGAAAAGAACAGUGAUUCAAAAGCAAACUUUCUUUUGUUCAAUAAGGUGUGCUCCCUACACUGACCACCAGGUAGUCCCAUUGUGCUUUCCUGAUUAAGCCAGUUACCAAGCUUAGAGAAAGUUAGUGGCAUUGUGAAGUGAUUUUGGAGGUAGGAUCUCCUAGGAGGACUAGCACCCAGUGGUUAUAAACAGUAACCAUUUUUCACUCAUCCAUCCAUCUAUCCAUCCAUAAGUGAGUAAUACUUAAUUACUGAGUAUUAAGUGCCUUCCAGGUUCCAGAUUCUGGAGAAUGACACAGGUGAGUAAGACAGGCCCGUAUUUCCAGGAAGCUCACGGUCUAGUGGGGGAGAAAGCAAGUCAGCCAUUACAGCAUGGUAUAAGAAGGACUAUGAUAGAGGUGCACAUGGAAUAUCAUGGAGCACCAGGGAGGGCUGCUUAACUCAGCUUGGAGAAUUUGAGAAGACUUUUUGGAAGAGCUGACACCUGCUUGGGUGAUGAAAAAGGAGCAAGAGUUAGAGCUUGUUUGGAGGCUCUAACUGUCGUCUCUGUAGGAAGGAUGUCUUUGGGGGUUAGGGCAGGGUUUAUUUUUGGAUGGAGUUUAUUUGUGAAUGAACAAAGGGAUAUCCACUUAACAAGCCAUAUCAACCAGAGUAAUCCUGCCAGUCAGGAAGGGUGGAGUGAGAUAGGUCCCAGCCAGAACACCCUUACUUCUAACAACUAGGAGAUAGGUUGAUGAGAAAUAGGAUGAAAAGUAAUUCUAGACAAAAAAAUAGCACGUGAGGGACACUGACAAGAAGCAAUAUGACAUUUGGGGAAUUGCAGCUACAGUGAAGAAUAUUGGCCAGGCGGGUAUGAGAGGAGAGCUAAUUGAAGGGUUGGGGGUAGGGAGUUGGUAAAAUUGGCCUUUUUAGAAAGCUCAUCUUGGCAGUGGAGGAUGAAUGGGGGAGAAACCACUGGGAGCCUCCAACCCAGUCCAGGCAAGAGAUGUUGGAGGUUUGAACAAAGAUGGUGAUGGACUGAGAGGUGUUGUAUUUCAUCAAUUGUAAACGUACCUUUCUUCCCCCACGUUUUAAUCUCUCAGACCUAGAUGCUUCUAGAUGUCAGUAGUAUGUCAUCGUUUAAUAAUGGUUUGUCUUAACAGUGGAUGGCAUCUUAGGCUUGAUGAAGUAUGGCAUUUUGAAAGUACAGUAGAUCACCAUCUUGUUAACUAAUACGAUGUGGCAGAAUGAGUGGAAGGAAAGAAUCUUAGAUAAUGCUUGAAUUUCUGGCUUGAGAGUGUGGAUGGUGGGAAUCCACUCAACAAAAUGUGGAAGAGGAAGACAUCCCUGCUAUUUCCCAAAAUAAUUAGCAAUCUGUAUUUGCCUCAAUAAUCCACCAUGCUGGCCCUGCCUGGUUCACUGGGUGUAACAGCUGACACUACUUCCUUUUCUCCACAUUAGCAUUCCAGAAGGAGGGAAAGAAGGCUUGCUUGUGUCCUUACCUUCUCAAGUUACCAGUCCACAAGUAUUGAGAGUAUUGGUGGUGUAGACACAAAGAUGAUAAAUACUGUUUAGUGAGCUUUUUUUCUGCCAAGCAUAGCCAACUGUUUGAUUUAAUCUUUAUAUAAUCCACCAUCAAUGAGGUAUUAUACAGUAUUCCUAUUUUACAGAGCUGGGGCAUCUCAGACAUUAAGCAACUGGCCCAUGGUUACACAGAUAAAAAGUGGCAGAGAUCAGGCUCAGACAUUACUAUUUGAUUAAAGUUUCAUCAUAGCUAUAACCAUAACCUGUUUUGGCCGAUUAGGACAGUCCUAGAAUAUCUCUACAUAGAGGUGUGAAUAAGUUAAAAUACAAAAGUGACAGAGUAACGUGCAUAUGGGAUACUAUAGGAGUAGUUCACUUGAGUAUUUAGUGAUGAGCAUGCAGAUGAUGUAUAUCAAGGUCCAGAGAAGGUAAGUAACUUACCUAAGGUCACACAACUUAAAAACAAUUGAGCCCACAUCUCUGGCACUAAAGCCCAUGUGCGACCCCCCCACAUACAAGAUAAGGUUCAUUCCCUAAAGGAGCUUGGGAGGGAGGAGCUAAGUGCCUGGAGUAAUUAGACUUCCGUGGUCCAAGCAGCAUUUGAUUCAGUGGACUACUUCCUACUCAAAAGCUUUGUUCUUCAUUUUGAUUUGGAAUAUUACCAUCUUCUGCUUCACUGGCUGCAUCUUUUCUGUCUCCUGACACUUACAGUUUGGACUGCUCUGGGGCCAAGUCUUUGGCCCUCUUUUCUUUCUCUACUAGGUGAUCUAAUCAUUUCCCGUGGCUUUAAAUGCCACCCAUAUGCUCUUGGCUCACGUGUGUGUCUCCAGUCCUGAUCCCUCCCUGAGUUUUAUGCAGACUUCAUUUAUCGAACAGCUUCACUUGAUGUCAUUACAAACCUAAUGUGCCCAAAAUGGAAGUGUUGAGUUAUACCCCAAACCUGUUUUGUUACCAGUGCCUCUCUUUCCAUCAGCACCUGUGUCACACUGCUGUUGAGGCCAGAAACCCAAGUCAUCCUGAUUCUGUUUGUUCUUUCCACACCAAUCAGCAAGUCUUCUCAGCUCUGUCUUCAAAAUACAUCCCACAUCUGACUGCUGCUCACCACCUCCACCCCUCCCCCUUAGUCCAGGCCACCAACAUCUCUAGCCUGGACGAAUGCAGUAGCCUCCUAACUUGCCUCCCUGCCUCCAUUCUCACCCUCCUUCAUUCUGUUUCCACAGAGACUGUAGUCAUCCUCUUAAAAAAGUGAGUCUGGUUAUACCUCUGUAAAAAAUGACCCCCAAAUUUCUCAUUACACUUAGAAUAAAGUCCAGACUCUUGCCAAGGUUCUAUGUGAUGUACCAUUCUCAGUACUCACUGCAUUCCCACUGACUGUGCUCAGCUCAUCAGCACAUCAAGCCUGUUCCUGCUCCAGCGUCUUUACAUUUGUAGCUCUAUCUGCCUGGAACAUUUCCCCAAGGUCUUUUUGUGGUUUGUGUCUUCUCAACAUUUAGGUCCCUGCUCAAAUAUCACUUCACUCAUUACCCUAUCAGAAGUACCAACUCCUCUCACAUCAAAAUACUUCUGACCCUGUUUUGAUUUCCAUAGCACUUGUUGUGACUAGACAUUAUUUGUUGCCUUUGCCCCAUACUUGAGUGUAAGUUCUCUGAGGGCAGAAACAGUAUCUUGUUUAUUGCUAUAUCCCUAGCACCUAAAAUAGUGCCUGGCACAUAAUAAAUACUCUAAUAAUGGAUGGAUGGAUGGACAUCUGCAGCUCCGUACUUACAUCCUGCAGGGCGUCUAAAUUAAUGCAGCUAAGAGAAAUAGAAUGUGAGCCA